AUGGUGUCUCCUCAGGUAACGAACCUCGCCAUCAUCGUGGUGAUGAUGCAGCUGUCGAAGAAGAUUGCCUUUGACGACCCCGAUGUGCUCAUGAUGGUCCGUGGCGUGUACAUCCUGUCCAACGUCAUCAUCUUGAGUCUGUACCUAUACACGCAGUCCAAGAUCACCGCCAAGAAGGACUUGAUUACGCUCAAGUAUGUCGAGCCCGCCCCCAUGGGCAGCACCGAGGAGCCCAAGCCGGUGACCACCACCAACAUGGAGUACGACCGCGGACAGCUGCGCACCCUGAUGAAGGGCCAGCUGAUGGGUGUCGGCAUGAUGUGUGUCAUGCACAUCUACUUCAAGUACACCAACCCUCUCCUGAUCCAGUCGAUCCUUCCCCUGAAGAGCGCCCUCGAGUCGAACCUCGUCAAGAUCCACGUCUUCGGCAAGUCCGCCACCGGUGAUCUGGCGCGCCCCUUCAAGGCCGGCAACAGCUUCAUGGGCCAGGGCCAGGUCAAGAGCGACAAGGCUUCCAUCGAGAACGCCGAGAAGAACUACCGGGGUGGUGUCAAGGAGGAGUAA